CAUAAGUCCAAAACCGCGGCCCAAAUUGUUGGUUUGAUGUCAGCUACCGUCGGAUUUUGAUUAGGAUGUCCUAUCGACAAAACGGGAGAAAGCAACACCAAAAACGCGGAGGAAAGAAGAGAAAGAGCAAACGAAACGACAAACAAAUAGUAGUAGUUUUCGUUAUUUCCUUUGCCCGGCCCACUCGCCACUCGCUAUCCAACUCCCAUUUUCCCAUCCACCGGAUCAUCUUCCAGUUCUUCACCCACAUUUCCCCGCUUCCUCCCGUCCGGAGAUUUCUCCCCAUGGCCGCCGCCGUUCUUGAAUCCGUCGUCGUCCCUCGCCCCAGACACUCCUCCUCCUGCCUCCAACCCGCCGCGGCUUCUUCCUUUCUAUCUCCGUGCCCCCGAUCCCUCCCUCUCCCUGCCGCCAGAGGUCUCAAGCUCGCCUCGCCGACUCGUUCCUUCCGAUCCCUCACCCCUGUCCCUCUUCGUCGCUCCUCCAUCGUCUGCGAGGCCCAGCAGGACACCGCCACCGAAGUUCCGGCGGUUACAGACGGCGACUGGCAGUCUGUGGUCCUCGAAUCGGAAACCCCGGUCCUGGUGGAAUUCUGGGCGCCAUGGUGCGGCCCGUGCCGAAUGAUCCACCCGGUCAUCGACGAACUGGCCAAGCAGUACGCAGGGAAGCUGAAAUGCUACAAGCUCAACACCGACGAGAGCCCGUCGGUCGCGACGCAGUACGGAAUCCGGAGCAUCCCGACCGUGAUGAUCUUCAAGGACGGGGAUAAGAAAGAUGCUGUGAUUGGGGCUGUUCCCAAGUCCACCCUGACCAGCUCCAUAGAGAAGUUCUUGUAAAAGAGAGGUUCCUCGGUAAGUGUUGGGGAGUGAAAAUGACAGUAAAUCUGCUACUAGUAGUUAGCUAUUUUGUGGGUAUAAGUUUACAAGAACGUGUUUAUGAAUCAGCCUGCAAUAAAGGUCCUUGCUUGCCCUUGUAUAGCAUGCCUCUCUGUAUGAGCCUGUUGCCCUUAUUAGAUAAUAUGUUGACUUCCCACCAUUACUGUUAUUACCUACUAGAAUCACACUCUGUUCUUCUGUAGAUUGUUGUUGAGUGUUAUGAAUGUGAAUGAAGCUUCUCCAUUGCUCAUGUUAUAUAAUAUCUUGUUGGUUGGUUAGGUCAGUUUCCUACUAGCAUAGUCUAUUGG